CCAAUGCGCACCAUUCGAGUUCAACUGUUCCUCAUCAAGUUCCGAAGAAGCUCUCCUCUCUCAAGUAACAAUUCGUUAUGUCUGCCGCUCCUAAGCCAACGAAGAAAGAUGCCCCUAAGAAGGCUGCUGCUAAAAAGCCCGCUGACCACCCUAAAUACGCUGACAUGAUCAGUGCUGCUGUUUCAAAUCUCAAGGACCGCUCUGGUUCCAGCCGACAGGCAAUCGUCAAGUACAUCAAGGCCAACUACAAGGUUGGAGAGAAUGCUGACACUCAGACCAAGCUUGCUCUGAGGAGAAUGGUCAAAGAUAGUAGCCUGAACCAGGUGAAGGGAGUUGGUGCAAGUGGAUCGUUCAAGCUCAACAAGCCAGUUGUUGUGAAGAAGCCAGCUGCUCCAAAGAAAGCUGCCGUAAAAAAGCCAGCAGCCAAGAAGGCUGCUGUUGUCAAGAAGCCUGCGGCUAAGUCAACACCCAAAAAGGCAGCUGCAAAGAAACCUGCUGCCAAGAAGCCCACUGCCAAAUCCCCAGCAAAGAAAGCUGCAGCAAAGAAGAGAGUUGCAAAGCCCAAGAAAGCACCUGCAAAGAAGGCAGCAGCAACGAAGAAGUCUCCUGCUCGGGCAGCUCCCAAGAAAGCACCAGCAAAGAAGUCAGGCACCCCAAAGAAGGCAACCAAGAAGUAAACUCAUGAACAUUUAUCUCAAACGGCUUUUCUAAAAGCCACCACUAGAACAGAAGACAACCACCUUUCAUGUUUCAUGUGUUGUGUUUUUUAUUUUUAUUGUCACUGCAUCUCCUAUAAUAUUAAAUUCUCAA